CGGGCGGAGGCCGGCGCGGGCCUGGCGCUACGCAAAUGGCGUAGGGGGCGCUUCCGCCAGUGGGCCCGGCGGCCGGGACGUGGCGGGAUGCGGCACGCGCUGUGCGGGGCCCUGCUGGCCCUGGCGCUCGGCGGCCUCCUCGUGCUGCAGCCGGGGCUGCCCGACGCGGCGCUGCGCUACGUGGCGGCCGCGCUGCGCCGGCUCCCGGGCGCCGCCUCGGCCGAGGGCAGCGUGGCGGCCGCCUGGGACGCGCUUAUCCUGCGGCCCGCGCGGCGCUGGGGCAGGGUGGCCGUCGGAGUCAAUGCCUGCGUAGAUGUGGUCCUCUCUGGUGUGAAGCUGUUGCAGGCGCUUGGUCUUGAUCCUGGGAAUGGGGAAGAUCAUGCUGUUCUGAAUUCCAAAAAGGACCUGAAAGAAGCGUUUUCUCAUUUCAUGCAAAAAGGGGCAGCUGCUGAGCGCUUUUUCAGUGAUGCAGUGUCUUUCCAUCACAUUGCACAGGCAGCCUCUGAGUACCCUGGAGCACAGCUCUAUGUGGGAGGAAACGCUGCUCUAAUUGGCCAGAAGCUUGCAACAAAUCCACACCUGAAGGUCCUUCUUUGUGGCCCGGUUGGUCCUAAACUCCACGAACUACUUGAUGAUAAUGUAAUUGUCCCACCAGAAUCUAUGCAGGAAACUGAUGAAUUCCACCUUAUUUUGGAGUAUCAAGCAGGUGAAGAAUGGGGACAGACGAGAGCUCCCAAUGCCAACCGUUUUAUUUUCUCUCAUGAUCUGUCAAAUGGUGCCAUGAAUAUGCUGGAGGUGUUUGUGGCGAGCCUGGAUGAAUUUCAGCCAGACCUUGUGGUACUCUCAGGCCUUCACAUGAUGGAAGGACAGAGCAAGGAAAUGCGUGCAAAGAGGCUAUUGGAGGCUGUGACUUCCCUCUCAGAUAUCCCCACUGAUAUUCCUAUACACCUGGAAUUGGCCAGUAUGACUGACCAGGAUCUUAUGAGCAAGAUUAUGCUUCAGCAGGUCUUUCCCCUGGUGAACUCUAUUGGGCUAAAUGAACAAGAACUGUUGUUCCUGACUCAGUCAGCUGCUGGUCCUCACGCCUCCCUGACUUCCUGGAAUGGAGUUCCAGAUGUGGGCAUAGUCAGUGACAUCCUGUUCUGGAUCCUGAAAGAGCAUGGAAGGACCACAGACAAACCAUCUGAUCUUACCCGCAUCCAUUUCCACACGCUGGCCUACCAUGUCCUUGCUACUGUGGAUGGGUAUUGGGGUAACCAGAUUGCGGCUGUGGCUGCUGGAGCUAGAGUGGCGGGGACACAGGCUUGUGCCACUGAGACCAUUGACACUGACAAAGUCUCUCUUAAAGCUCCCCUGGAGUUUGUGACCUCCCAGACAGAGACAAACACCAAAAUCUCUCUCAAUCCAGGGGAGCCAGUGGCACACUGGCAGAGGGAGGGCAUCUCAUUUCAUUUCACCCCUGUUUUGGUGUGCAAAGAUCCCAUCCGGACUGUGGGACUUGGAGAUGCUAUUUCAGCUGAAGGACUCCUGUAUUCAGAAAUAUAUCCUCAAUAGACUAUGGAAACAAGACCCCCUUUUCAUCCAAGUCUACAUGAUGUCUGAGGCACCACUGUGUUCUCAUAGGAUUCCAGACUUUAGGGGUGUUAAUCAGUCUCUGGAUAUAACCUGAGAAGAGCCAAAGAAUAAUUCCAGGUAUAAACAUUCCAGCCACUACUUGGCAGUGACUUGAGAACAUUUCUCAUUUUAAUGUAGAGGUUUUAGUAUUUUAAUGUGGAGACCAGCUUUUCUUUGUCUUCAGCUUGUCAUGGGGAGGGAAACUGGUAUCAGAAUCCUUGUUUGGUAAUUUGUUAAUUUGAGCCAGCCUUGUCUGUAGCGCUUGAAUGCAUGGCAGCCAAAUGGAGAAUUUCACGCCUAUGGAUCCCGGAGAGAACACAGCAGUCCUCAGCCCUGCCUUGCUUCUGAUAAAGCAAAAAAUAAAAGGAUCUUGCUUUA